AAAGUAAAUAAAAUAAUUUGUGGGGAUAUAAAAACCGUAAUAGAUGAUUAUGCUUAUAUUCAUUACAGUUGAAUAAAGCUAAUUUAUCGCUUUUUGAAUAUUCAUAAGAGCUAUAUUUAUUUCGAGAAUUUAAGUGAGCACGAUAAAUUAUAUUGAUUUGAACAAAUUAGCCAAAAGGAGAAAUAGGAUCAAUUAGCGUUAGUUAUUCAUUAUUAAUUGGUUUAUACUUAAUUAAAUAGCAACUAUCAGGUGCGGAACCCGAUUUGCCAAUAGCUGUACUUAUAGUAGAUCUGCCAGAUUGACUGUACUUGACCCCUAUAAUCGUCUUUUACGUAUCUACAGUCAUCUUACAAUCAUUUGUCAAACAUAAUCGGCGUUUUGAAAAAUAUUUUUAUCGUAAUAGGAAGAUAGAAAUACAUUAACUCGACUGGCCUUUAUUAUAUUUGUAUUAAUUUCUUGUUUAUUUAUGUUAUUUAUAUUAUCUCGACUGUUAUUUAUAGAAGAUAUAUCUACUUUAUUUAAAUGAAUCUGGGAUGCUGAUAGUUUUCUUUUCUAAUAGUUGAGAGCGCAGCUUGUGAAAAUCCCAGGUUCGAACUGCCUACACUCCGUCUUUAUUAAUGUCUCUCGGCUCUUUUUAUAGAAUCUGAAUGCGUUUCCAUGCCAUUUUCUUCAGAAAACAGAAGAAAGCAAAACUUUUUAGAAAAUUAACUUCUUACUUCAAAAUAUUUUUUUAACUAAUAUUUUUUUUUAUAACUCGGUGGAAAUCUAUUUUCUUUUAAAGUUUUAUUGGAAAGUUUUUCGGAUGCAAAAACUUAAGAAGGAAAAUUUUUUUGUUGAAGAUGAUAACGUUUUAUUGAUUGCAGUAUGUGAUGAACAUGGCAGACGAUGACCCGCGAAGAAUGGACGAAAUUAGAAAAUAUGCUGCGAUAUAUGGUCGUUUCGAUUGUAAAAGAAAACCGGAAAAACCACUAACGUUACAUGAGGUAUCUGUAAACGAAGCAGCUGCACAAAUUUGUAAACACAUUCCAGCAUUGCUUACAAGAAGGGACGAAUUAUUUCCGUUAGCCAGGCAGGUUGUACGAGACAGUGGUUAUCAAUAUUCUAAAGGACAUUCUAGAUCUCAAUGUUAUACCAAAACUUGUGAUGAAGAGCUAUGCAAAAGAGCCCGUUUAGAUCCAAAUCUGGCACAUGAUAAGUCACAUGUGGAAGAAGUUAAAAAAAGAAGACAGGUAACCUUCAAUGAACAGUUAAUACUAAAAUAUAUAGUAUAUAAAAUAAAGUAUUUAGAUUUUGUCAUGUUAUUGAUGUUUAUGUUGACUAUUAAAAAGUAUCUAUUGUAUAAAAGAUAUAAUUAUAGUCAUUAUUAUAUUAUAUAGUAAUG